GCCAUACAUUUGAUUGUCCUCGGUUUAAAAUUUGUAUGUCAUAAUAAUUAACAGUGCCUCGGAUUUUCAUAUUUUGCGGAGACAGACAGAUAAUGAAAAAUAAAAUAAAUUGAAAUCAUCAGUAAAAUAUUCACAAGCUUAAAUUAUUGAUAUAAAUUAUCAUCAAUUUCUCCAGAUUUUUAAAAUAAUUUUUAUAUUCUUGUUUUAUUAAUCAUUAUUGACUAUUAACUCUUAUUUUCAAUAACUCAUAUAUCAUUAACCACUACAACCUACUAUAAUGGAUAGACUCAACCAAUUAGGUGGACAAUUAGCUCCAUCCUCAAGACAAGCUCUUUUACAAAAAAACCCUGAUGAUGUUGUCAUUGUUGCUGCUUAUAGAACUGCUCAAACUAAAGGGGGUAAAGGUGGUUUCAAAGAUGUUGGAACUGAUUAUAUCUUGACCAAAUUCUUAGCUGCCUUUGUUGAAAAAUCAGGUGUUGAUAGGGAUUUAAUCGAAGAUGUUGCCGUUGGUAAUGUUUUAAAUAAAGCUGCUGGUGCCACUGAACAUAGAGCUGCAUGUUUAGCUGCUGGUAUUCCUUUAAAAGCUGGGUUUAUUGCUCUUAACAGACAAUGUUCUUCUGGUUUAAUGGCUGUUUCCGAAAUUGCCAACAAGAUUAAAGUUGGUGAAAUUGAUUGUGGUAUUGGUGCAGGUGUUGAAUCAAUGUCUCAAAAUUUUGGUCCUCAAUCUAUUCCAAAAAUUGAUACUCAUUUAGCUGAAAAUCCUCAAUUUGAAAAAUGUAUGAUUCCAAUGGGUAUUACUAAUGAAAAUGUGGCUGAAAAAUAUAAUAUUUCAAGAAAAGUUCAAGAUGAAUUUGCUGCUGAUUCUUAUCAAAAAGCUGAAAGAGCUGUUUCUGCUGGUAAAUUUAAAGAUGAAAUUCUUCCUCUUGAAUCUAUAAUUGCUGAAGAAGAUGAUGAUGAUAAUAUUACUUAUAAAAAAGUUAUUGUUGAUACUGAUGAAGGUCCAAGAAAAGGGGUAACUGCUGAUUCUUUAGCUAAAAUUAGACCUGCUUUUAAAGCUGAUGGUUGUACUCAUGCUGGUAAUGCUUCUCAAGUUUCUGAUGGUGCUGCUGCUGUUUUAUUAAUGAGAAGAUCUUUAGCUGAAAAGAAGGGGUACAAGAUUCAAGGUAAAUAUGUCUUAUGUUCUGCUGUUGGUGUUCCACCUGAAAUUAUGGGUAUUGGUCCAGCUGUUGCUAUUCCAACUGUUUUACAAAAAUCAGGUUUAACCAUUGAUGAUAUUUCUGUAUUUGAAAUUAAUGAAGCUUUUGCUGGUCAAUGUCUUUAUUCUGCUCAAGUUUGUAAAGUUCCAAGUGAAAAAUUAAACAUUAAUGGUGGUGCUUGUGCUUUAGGUCAUCCAUUAGGUGCUACUGGUGCUAGACAAUAUGCUACCAUCUUAAGAUUAUUAAAGAAGGGUGAAUUUGGUUUAACUUCUAUGUGUAUUGGUACUGGUAUGGGUGCUGCUUCAGUCUUGAUUAAAGAAUAAGCUUAUUAAAAUAGUUUAAAUAACCUUUUUUAAUUACUAUUUAUUGAUAUAAGUAUAUAUAUUUAUAAUAUGAAAAUUUGAUACAAUAAGAACAACAAAAAAAAAAAUAAAGAAAAAGAAAUUAGUUUUAUGUAACAUUGCUUUAGCGAAGUAUAUC